UUUUAAAUCUGAGAUGGUCAAGCUUGAAAUGAUUGCAAUAUUUUGUGUUGUUGUCGUGUUACAAAUGCUCAAUGCAAUCGAAGGAACCGAAAGCCAUCAUUACUGGUACACAAUAGAUAAAUGCACCUGUCCAUAUGCAGAAAAAAAUCGAAAAGGAAUUCAGUGGACAUGGAGGGUUAAAAUUAAAGAUCGUGAGGUUUUUCCUCAUACACCAGUUCAUGGUUAUCAUUCUAUGAGAGUGACACUUAUAGAAGCAUGUAAAAAUCAACCAAAGACGUAUAUGGGAUAUGCAAAAGUGCAUAUGGCUAGAGAAUGUUUUGACAGAUUUCACUUCAAAGAAGAUGAAACUUACUUACUGUCAGGAUAUCAAAAACAUAUCAACGGAAUAGACAGAUGGAUUAUCGACUAUUGCUCCCCGAAUCGUGUUGAAUCAUACCCCCAAAGCUGUAAUUACCCACACCAGAAACAUUAUUGCGGAUACAAUUGUGGAGCGAAAUGCUAAAUACACGAGAG